GAGAAUCGGCAGUUGCUCGGAGACUGACUAAAGGAACUGACUAAAGGACUUCUGUUACAUCUUAGCCAUGUCGAAGAACUUUUACUGGACGAAAUGUCACAAAAGGACGAAGCCUAAUUUGACCGAGGACAAGGAAAACAUACAUCAGAGCGAAAAUUCCAAGUUCGUCGAAGGUAAGAGCGACAUGAAAAAGAAGAGAGGACUAUCAGCGGGUGCGGAAAAUCGGAGAGAUGAUGUCACGUGUACGGCGCCGAUGCAACAGAAGCUUACCAUCCCAAGAAAAGAACAGUUUAAAAUUUAUCGCGACGAGGAUGAGAGAUCGCGCCCGCUCGUGCGGAAAAGGAACAGGAAAGAAAUGAGAAGAGAGGAGCAUUUUCGUUUCUUAACACCUACUGUUUCGUACAGGACACGUUCUUUGAGCAACAACCGAAAUAGAGAUCCUUUACGUGAAAACAACAAGUUGCACGGAUCUGCAGAUCAGAGAUGCUGUUCCGAGAAGAGAAAGUCCUCAUGCGCACAGAGAAACCGGCAUCUCUCCAACGAUGUGAAGAAACGGACGUUAUGCAGUAUCCAAACGUGGAAAGACAGGAUGAGACAAUCGCGCAUCGAUGUCGUGUCCAAGAGCUCUUCAACUAGAUAUACCGUUGCGGUGAGUGCGGAUGAAGCGCGUGCCGAAUGUAAUUCGAAAAACAACAUUGACUUUGGCCCCAAAAUCUCGCGUCGUGAAUUCAAUUCAACGCGAAGCGGUGAGUUUACCAACGAAAAAUCAAACAAUUUGAAGACUGAUACGAACGAUUACGUCAAUAACAAGAAGGAUGACAUUUUACAAAACAUGACCAAGAAUACAGCGGUGUCGUAUAUCUCGAACGAACUUAUGGUUCCGCAAACUGCGGCAUUUUCGGGUGCACAAGCUGGCACUGAUGCGAGCAUGUGCGCUUGUGAUGACAAUCAACAAUUUACGGGAGAAAUCAAUUUUAACUGUGCAACAUCUUCGUGUAGUCUUAGGAGACCAUCGUUGAUUCCAACAAAGAUCCGUGCAACUUGUUGUUUUCACGUAAAGGAUCUCUAUUUCGGUUGUUGCUCAAAGAACAUGUCCUGCUCCAAAGAGUAA